AUGGAAGCCUUCCCGGAUGAAUAUCAUUCCCUGCAGGCAGGCGAUAAGAUAGAGAAGGGCAGCGCGCUUUGGAACCUGAGUCCCAUCAUGGACGAUGACGGCGUAAUGAGAAUUGGCGGUCGAAUAGACGCAGCAACCACGGUUCCGACCUGGACGAGACGCCCUGCGAUCUUACCUAACAAAUGUCAUGUAACAGAAAUUAUAGUUGACUAUUUUCAUCGAAUUUGGAGACAUCAGAACGAGUCGACGAUAAUCGCCGAAAUUCGUCGUAAGUAUUGGAUGCCGCGCAUAAGAACGGAAGUACGUCGCGCCGCUGCGAGAUGUCAAGUAUGCCUCAAGGAGAAAGCCGUUCCUCGACCGCCACAGAUGGGACAACUACCAGCAGACCGGCUUACACCAUUUGUUAGGCCUUUUACCUACACAGGAUUGGAUUACAUGGGCCCGUUUACGAUAACCAUCGGUCGGCGUAGCGAAAAGCGCUGGUUCUCUUUAUUCACUUCCCUUACUACACGGGCGAUACACUUGGAAGUGGCGAAGGACUUGACUACUGAUACUUGCCUGAUGUGUUUGAGAAAUUUUAUGUGCCGACGUGGUAUUCCUGUGCGUAUUCGGUCGGAUAAUGAUACGAACUUUGUCGGCGCUGACAGAGAAUUGAAGCGGCAAUUGAAGGAGUUUAAUGACGGUAAGAUAGCCGAUGCACUUGUAAACAAGAAUGUAGAGUGGGUAUUCAACUGUCCCUCAAAUUCCCACGCUGGUGGCUGCUGGGAGCGUCUAGUGCGGAGCGUUAAGCGAGCUAUUGGGCACGCAUUAUAUAAUGAAAACCUACAUGAGCACAGCCUUUACCAUCUCAUGUGCGAGGCGGAAAACAUUGUAAAUUCGAGGCCUCUGACUCACAUCCCGUUGGACACCGCCACUGACGAACCUCUAACCCCAAACCAUUUUCUUAUAGGUACACCAAACUCCGAGCAAACACCGCACCCGCAGGAAGAGAAGUUCCAGGCCACACGUAAGCAAUGGCGAAAAGUUCAACAAAUGCAGUAUCGAUUUUGGAAGAAGUGGGUUAACGAAUACCUGCCUGACCUCGUCCGAAGAACCAAAUGGUACCAACCGGUAGAGCCCUUAGCAGUAGGAGACCUCGUACUAGUAUGCGACAGUAGCCAGCAUCGAUCCAGAUGGCUCAUGGGACGCCUGGUGAAGGUAUUCCCGGGAAAAGAUGGUCAAGUGAGAUCUGCAGAAGUCCAGACGAAGACGGGCACAUUUAAGCGGCCGGCCUGCAUCUUAGCUAAGCUGGAGUUGGGUAAAUCUGGUUAG